AUGAUCCUUUCGGAAAAACGGCCAUAAACUUCGCCAUAGCAUGUCGGCACAAAGCAACAACAAAGAAUUGUACCGUAGGAAGCAUUCCGAUGAGCGCACCAGAUCCUUUGACCAAACCGUAAUUAGUGACGAUGAUGAUGAUGAAGAAUCCGACACACUGACGGAACUGUCAAGAGAGUCGCUUACGAGCAGUCAAGGACGUAGUAGCAUUGGUUCGAUACCAUGGGCAGAGGAUGCGAUCAAGCAGAAUCAAAACGAAUGGGAACGUAUCGAUCGAAUGUUUUACGGUGAAGAAGAUCUCCCCUGCGACGCCAAGCUGCGGGAAGAAAUAUUGGAAUGGACCUCCAUCUUUCCCUUCCUACGUGUUACGGGUAAACCGAUUACUAUCGUCGAGUCGGUCCAUGCGAAAGGUAAUGAUCCGUUUCACGAGGAAAUAUUUAUGAUCGAUCCACCCCUCCCCAGUCGGACACGUUCAUCACGAUCGGGCCGCGAUAGACCCAGCAAACAUGCGACUAAAGAUGUGGAAUGUUUACUUAGUGCCUGCGAGCUGGACAAAUGUCUGUGCAUUAAAUCUGGCCAGCUGCAACGGCCAAGCAAUCAAGCAUCGGCGCAAACAAAAGCUGGACGACGUUCCGGGAUGGAUGUUGGGGUAUCGGAAGCCAUAGAUAGAAUGGACAAACCGUUCAUCAAAGUAAAACCUCUCAACAGUCUGAUGGUACCGCAGGUGCCAGUCGUCUCGGUAGGUUCGUUUGGGUUGCUAAUAUCGAACCACUGUGUCGGCACAGCGAACUAUCACGCCCUGUCUGGUGUGAGUAGAAAUUGCAGCGCACAAUCAAUCACGCACAACAAUAUGGACGGUAAUGCCGACCGUCAUAGCAGGAAUGUGAAUCUACAACGGAAGCUUGCACCCUUGCCCCAUCGGCCACCGCAGCAACAACAGCAGUAUCAAAACAAACCUUCAUCUAAAACGACCAUCGAAACGACCAUACUGUCGGCAUCGGCAACGCACAAUCGCAUCCCACCGUUAGCUAAGAACUACAAGUUCUUGGUGCAAAACAGCUACGUUGCACCGACGCUUCUGGCAGAAAUCGAGCAAAGGCAUCACAACAAACUGAAUGUGGUAAAAUCGGCAACGACGCGGUACAUGGCAUCAUCGCCUACCAAGCACAUCUUUGCCCUGCCUGCCUUAACCGGAAUCGAUGGACUGGUGCGUCACAAUCCAGUUACGGGUGUUUCGGGAUUACAGCCAACUCCCGUUAAGAACCGAGCGUUUCGAUCGGAGGUAAUCGGUCGAUCGAUAUCUGCCGCCGUGACUCAGAAACAAAACCCAAUCUAAUGC